GCCCGGCUCCGCGCGCACCAUGGCGGGCCCCGCGCCCCCGCGGCGGUGGCGGUGGCGGCGGCUGGCGGCGCUGGCCCUGCUCCUGGCGCUGGCCCCGGGGCUGCCCGCAGUUGGAGCCGGGCAGGCGCCGCGCCCCGCCGAGCAGGGGCCCCCGGUGCGGCUCUUCACGGAGGAGGAGCUGGCCCGCUACGGCGGCGAGGAGGAGGACCAGCCCAUCUACAUGGCUGUGAAAGGAGUGGUGUUUGAUGUCACCUCUGGAAAGGAGUUUUAUGGACGAGGAGCCCCCUAUAAUGCCUUGACUGGGAAGGACUCCACCAGAGGGGUGGCCAAGAUGUCCCUGGAUCCUGCAGACCUCACCCAUGACACUACGGGCCUGACAGCCGAGGAGCUGAAAUCCCUGGAUGACGUCUUCAACAAAGUGUACAAAGCCAAGUACCCCAUUGUGGGCUACACAGCCCGGAGGAUUCUCAACGAGGACGGCAGCCCCAACCUGGACUUCCAGCCUGAAGACCAGCCCCAUUUUGACACAAAAGAUGAGUUUUGAUGUUCUAUCUGCAGAAGCCUGUUCCUGAUAUGUGGGGGUGCGGGCAGGGAGACCUCAUGUGCCAAAUCUGCAAAACAGGCCACCUGAGCCUCUGGGCUCCCCGGACCUGAAUAAAGCCGAUGUUGAACCCGGGA